AUGAACACUCUUUUCAAUACCGCACUCAAACAAUCGACAUCCCUUCGGCGAGAUCUCUCCUCUCUUUCUCCACCUGAAUCGCAACCUCUCACCCCAUCUCUCCUUGGUCAAAUAUCCUCGUCUCUUACCUCCUUCUCCCGAACCCUUGAUUCUUACGCUGCCCUUCAAUCUGCCGAAUUAAAUCCUUCCAAGAAAGAGAAAGCCUAUGAACGACUGACAACAUUCCGUUCCGAACUGCAAGAUUAUCGUUCUCAGUUUGCAAUUCUAAAGGCGCAAAAUGAACACAAUCAAACUCAGAUAGACAGGGGCGAACUACUUGGGAGAAGACCACAUCAUACCUCGACACCCGAAAAUCCUUAUGCAAAUACAACAAGUGCGAUCGCGGCUCGGGAUAGUCCAUGGAGAAGAGAAGGCGGGCCGGUUGGAAGUGGUAGUCAGCUUUCUAUGAGUAGUGGGGAUUAUACGAGGGAAACACAUGCUCUGAGAGAACAAUCUUUCUUUCAGAAUACCCAUAGUGCGUUGGACGAAUACCUAGCUCGUGGGCAAGCAGUUUUAGGUGAUUUAGGACAACAGCGGGAAAUGUUGAAAGGGACGCAAAAGAGACUGUAUAGCGUGGCCAAUACCUUGGGUGUGUCGGGCGACACCAUCCGAAUGAUUGAGAGGCGUGCGAAGCAGGAUAAGUGGAUAUUUGGAAUCGGAGUAGUGAUAUUUUUUGCUUUCUGUUGGGCUGUCUUACAUUUCCUGAGAUGA